AUGUCCACUCCACAUCUAAAAACUUAUUAUCGCCGAGGUGCUACUAUUUUAACACCUGAGCAAAUCGAAGAGAUUAGGAAAUCCAAAAAUAAGGUUCCUAAAUAUGUGCUAGUAAGGAAUUUCCAUAUUAAUGAAAAUCGUGUUGAGGAUAUAUGGAAAAAUAGCGAGCGUUCUCAACAGAAUGGGGACCACAGCUUAUCAAAUACAGUAGAUCGGUUUCCUGAUUCAUCUCAUUUACUAAACAUUGGCAUGGAUGAAAACGUUAUGCAAGUAAACUCUAUUGUUACCUCAGAUAAGCAGACAAAAAAGACUAGCAGAAAAAAAAAGGACAAUUCUAGUGCGGAAUUAUCUAAAGGUGGAGAUCUAUCGGAAUCGAAAACCAUACAUCAUUCUAUUUUAAAUAAUCAGUCUACUUCGUCAGUGCCAGAAAAUGAAGUGCAAGCCAGAAUGUCACAUUUGCGAAAAUAUGCUAAAGAGCUUCAAGCUGAAUCCUGA